AUGAAAUUGAGGCAAAUUCAAUAUUUUUUUUCUCAAUAUCAAGUUGGAUAGUUAUUCAAAUUGGAAAGAAUAUUUACAUUGGAUGAUGUUAAAAAUUACGCCAAUCUAAUUUAAGAUUUCAAUCCUAUACAUCUUGAUGAAUAAGUUGCUUCUUAAUCCAUCUUUAAGUAACGAGUUGUUCAUGGAAUGUUAUCAGCUAGUCUUUUCUCUACAUUGGUGGGUACUAAUUUUCCCGGGGCCAUUUAUUUAGAACAAUCUAUAUUUUUUAAAGCUCCCAUAUUUUUUGAAGAAUAAAUAUUAGCUUAAGUUGCAAUAUAAGAUAUCAAACUUAAAAAAGGAAGAUCAAUUUUGAAACUGAAUACUACUAUUACAAAAAUGGAUUAGAAAAUAGCUGUAACAGGAGAAGCAACAAUUUUAAUAAAUUGA